UCUGUCACCCCCAUGUCCCCUUAUGCCAGGAUUGUCACACCUCGCGGGGCUCCAUGGCCAAUAGGCACACUCCGGGGACCCACUGGGGACACUCUGGGGAUAUUCCAGGUGACAAACACACCCGGGUGACAGUUGGGGACAGGCAGGAAUGUGGUGCGGCCAGAUGCAGGAAGCAGGAAGAGGUGAUGUCACUAUCCCCCCUGCCCUCCCCACCUGUGGGGCUAGGGCAAGGUCCCCAAUAUCCCCCCAAUGUCCCCAACAGGACCCCGAUGUCCGCUGAGUGCUCCCACAUGGCCCUGGUGUUGCCCCGAUGUCCCCCACAAGGCACAAGUGUCCCCCAGUGUCCAGCUGGGGACACCAGGGACACACUGGGGUCCUGUUGGGGACAUUGGGGACAUCCCCCAUCCUUCUCUUGGGGACACCGGGGCUACCCUGACAUCCUCUGUCUAGUUUUGGGUCCCCCGCAAUGUCCCCGAUGUCCCCACAGUGUCCCCAACAGGACCCUGCUGUGUCCCCAGUGUCCCCAACAGGACAUCAGGGGACACUUGGGCCUUGUUGGGAACCCUGAGGGGACAUCGGGGUCCCGUUGAGGACAUCGGGGGACAUUGAGGACACACCCCUGACCCCACAGGCGGGGGGGGCUGUAACGUCAGCACUUCCUUUUUCCUCUAUCCGGCCGCGCCAUGUUCCUGCGUGGCCCCAGCUUUCACCCGGGCGUGUUUGUCACCUGAAUUGUUCCCAGAGUGUCACUGGAGUGUCCCAAAAGUGUCCCCAAGAUGUCCCUGGAGUGUCCCCAGCGGCCAUGGAGCCCCUCGAGGAGCUGCAGCGGAGGGUUGGGGACAUCAAGGCCUCCCUGAAGGGGACAAAUGAGGUGUCCCCCAAUGUCCCCGAGGACUACUUGGUGGCCAAGGUGGCCGAGGCCAAGCGGCUGUGGGAGGCCAACACCCGCCUGGCCGAGGAUCACCUGCUGGGGACAGUUGACAACAUCAUUGACUUCUUGUUCGAUGGUGGUCUCACCAGUCCCAGUGCCUGUGAGGUGGCCGAGAGGUGCCGAAGAGCCAUCGAGGACAUCCCAAGACUCCUUCGACCCCCAAAACAUCCCCGGAGCGUCCCCAAGGUGUCCCCAGUGAGCAUGGAGCUCCAAAAGGUCUACCGUACACAGCUGAAAAAGACAGUGGAUGUGGUGGGCAACCUGGGUGAGGUGGCGGACACUGUGACCGGGUCACACAGGGGCAAGUUCCUGCAUGAGCCCCCAGACUCCCUGCAUGAGGCCCUGAAGAACUUCACCCAGAGCAUCUGUAAGAUCCUGAACCACAGCGAUGUCACCUCCCUGGGUCACUAUAGUGUCCCCUCCCUGGGCCGGGCCCUGGCUGCCCUCUGGCCCAACCCAGGGACAACCUGGGUUGAUAUCAGAGCUGUGGCCAGCGCCUGGCGGGAGUUGGUGGCCAAGCUCGUGGACUGCUGGGACAAGCUGGCCAGGGAGGCCACCGAGCUCCGUGAUGCCUGCAGGAAGUUGGUCAUGGAGCAGCACCUGAUGGCCCUGGACAAGGAGGAGGUGGCCCGGGAAAUGGCCACACAUGAUGCCCAUGUGGUGGCAGCCACCAACGAGGCCAUGGGAGAGGCUGUGGUGGCCACCAGGCGGGCAAUGGUGGCCACCAGGAGGGGACAUUGGGCCGAGGUGGCCCUGGGGCCACUGGAGCGCUUUGUGGCCUCGUGUGACAAAGCCACCUUGUUCAACUGGAACAUGGAGUGGCGGCUCAGGGACAUUGAGGCCAUCCUGAAGGGAACAAGUGUGGUGUCCCCUGAUGUCCUCCAGGCCUUGGUGGACAAGGUGGCCGAGUUUGAGUGGCUGUGGGAUGCCUUGGCCCGCCUCGCCAAGGAUCACCUGCUGGGGACACUUGGGGUCAUUGAAAAAUGUCUCUUGAGUCCCUGUGGUGGCCCUGGCAGCCGCACGGUGGCCGAGCAGUGCCAAAAAGCCAUCAAGGACAUCCCAAGGCUGAUGUUGGGACAGUGACAUCACCGCUGUGAUGUCAUCAGGGCAGUAAUGUUACUGGAAAGGCUUGUGGCCACUGGAGUGCCACCAGCUCCUCAUGUCACCAAGAGCCCUUCAAGUGCCACCAGCCUGGGACAGAACAGGUGCCACUGGAACUGGUGGCACUGCCGUGUCCCUGGUGCCACCUGUGUGCUGUCCCCAUGUCCCUGCAGUGCCCCUGGUGGUGGCCAAGGACGGUCACCUGCUGAUGGCCCUGCUCGCGGUGGCCGUGUCCUGCCACUGGCCCGGUGGGGCGAGGGGACAUCUUGGUGUCACCUGGCCACCAGCGGGCCACCAGUGGGCCAUGGCACCUGGGGGGUGAUGUCACCUCGUCCCACCUCUUUCCGGCAGGUGCCAUUCCUUGGACAUUUGCUCUGGUAAUGUUCAAGUAGUGUUCUGGUUAAUUAAUUAAUGCUGACAUCAGCACCCCAGUGCCAGCCCAGUGCCCCCACUCCUGUCCCAGUGUCCCUGUCCCAGUUGUUCCCAUUUGUGUCCCAGUGUCCCCAGUUGCACUCCAGUGUCCCCAGUCCCAUCCCAAUGCCAGCAUCCCAGUGUCCCCCAUCCUGUCCCAGUGUCCCCAUCCCAGUGCUCCCAUGUGUCCAUGUCCAGUUCUGUCCGUGUCCCUGUCCCAGUGCCACCAGACCAAUGUCACUAGCCCAGUCCCAUCCAAGUGUCCCCCAUCCUGUCCCAGUGUUCCCAGCUGUGUCCCAGUGUCCCCAGUCCCAUCCCAGUGCCAAAACAGCAAAAAAAAAGUAGAAUUUAUGAAUUCUUCUCUCGUCACCAGAGAGUGAAAACACAACAUGAUGGAACCGCAAGGAGAAAUAAAAUAAAUUGGUUUAAUGCACAAGAUGGUGUGGAGGCAAGUCAAGGGUUAAAACCAAACAAAGUACAUCUGAACUCCCAGGAAUGUUUGAAUAGAAUUUAUAUAGAACAUAGGAAAAUGUAUGUAUGUUUAUGUAUAUAAAAUAUUAAUAUGAAAUAUUGUUUUGAAUAAUAAAUAUAAUUCUAUCUCUAAA